UUUCCUAAUUGCCACUUCUCUCCUCUAAUUAUCCCUACACUCGUCCUUUCUCCCCCCUUUCCUCUCUACAUUAUAGCAACACCAUUUCCUACAAUUCACUCUCUAUAUUAUCAUCUCUAAAUUAUAUUCUAGAGAUUUUACACAUAUAGAGUGUGAAAAAUACUUGUAGUAAGGUGUCUGUAAGAGGAUUCGAAGGGGGAAACUAUAUAAACGCCGCGAUUAGAGUGGAAUUUUUAAGGUGGAACACACAUAUUACAUCAUUACAAGUUUACAACUAAUAUAACACAUUACACACGUACAUUGGAAAUUUUCUUCGUUAAACAAACAGAAGAAUUAGUUUGUUCUUAUCAUAACUAUAUAUUAUCAAGGUCGCUUUCUUUACUGCUACUCACCAAUUAAUUUUGGUGCAUUAUAUUAUUUUUAUCUUUUGUCAACAAUCCUGGAAACUACCACUUCAAACCAUACUCAAUCGUCGUCCAUGGAAAACCAUAAGCAAAACAGCUCUCAAGCUCCUCUUCUUCCUUACCACAACUCCCAUUCUUCCUCAUCGUCGCGCCUCAGAAUCUCUGAGGUGGUGAACGAGGUGAGACAGCUCUACAACAUAGCUUUCCCUUUGAUUCUAAGCAGUCUACUGACCUAUGGUAAGUCAGCAAUUUCAAUGGGCUUCAUGGGCCAUCUUGGCAAGGAAGCAUUAGCAGGUGGGUCACUUGCUAUUGGGUUCGCCAACAUUACAGGCUACUCAGUGUUAUCGGGCCUAGCUAUGGGCAUGGACGCCAUCUCUUCACAAGCUUGUGGGGCUAAACAAUGGGCUUUAAUGGGCCAAACACUUCAACGUACCAUCAUCAUCUUAUGCCUUUGCUGCCUCCCAAUCUCCCUCCUUUGGCUUAAUCUGAAGCCCAUUUUAGUCUUAUUGGGCCAGGACCCGUCCAUCUGCUCUGUUGCUGCUACCUACCUCGCUUAUUGCCUUCCUGAUCUAUUUUUCAUGGCCUUAAUUAACCCUCUUAAAAUUUACCUUCGUUCUCAAAAAGUGACUCGUCCUCUUGUAGUUAGUGCAGGGGUAGCAUUGUCAUUUCACUUCCCUAUUAACUACAUCAUGGUUAGUUACUUAAACAUGGGGAUUAGAGGUGUAGCUAUUGCUACAGCAAUCAUGGACCUUAAUAUCCUUAUAGUAAUGGUUGUUUAUCUAAUAAUUACUGGGACCCACAAGAAGACGUGGCAAGGUUGGUCUUUUGAAUGUUUCUAUGGUUGGUCAACUAUCCUAUCUUUAGCUAUUCCAAAUUGUAUUUCAGUAUGUUUGGAGUGGUGGUGGUAUGAACUUAUGAUCAUAAUGUCUGGCUUACUUCCAAAUGCUGCUGCCGCCGACGCCGUCGCCGCAAUGGGGUUGCUAAUACAAGCAACCUCUCUAAUCUACAUUUUCCCAUCGUCGCUCAGCCUAGCUGUGUCGACUAGGGUAGGGAAUGAGCUUGGUGCAGGCCAACCAACCAAGGCAAGGAUUUCUUCUAACAUAUCUUUAUGUUGUGCUAUAGUUACUAGUGUCCUUGCUUUGGCCUUUUCUGUCACAAUGAGGAACUUAUGGGGCCGAGCAUUUACCACGGACGAGGCGGUCAUUGCCCUUACCGCGGUAGCAAUGCCGAUCAUGGGCUUGUGUGAGCUUGGGAACUGCCCACAAACCACCAUGUGUGGGGUGCUUCGGGGUAGUGCUAGGCCUAAACUUGGGGCUAAUAUUAAUUUAGGUGCGUUUUAUGGAGUUGGGCUUCCUGUUGCUAUUUUUAUGGGAUUUUAUAUGGAUAUGGGCCUUUUGGGCUUAUGGAUUGGUCUUCUUGCGGCCCAAGGUGCUUGUUCACUUUUUAUGGCAUUCAUGUUGGUAAGAACGGAUUGGGCUGCUGAAGCCCAAAAGGCUAAAGAACUCACUGGUUGUACUGAUAUUAUUGAUGAGCCCAAAGAUAAUGAUGAUGAUACUAAGAAAAUUGUGGUGGUAAAUGAUGAUCUUGAAGCACAAUCCUUGAAGAAAAAAGAGUAUGAUGAAGAUGAUGGAGAUGAUACUAAACCAUUGGUGACAAAAAAUGAAACUACCCAAUAAUAUUUUUGUUUAAUUUGUCCCUUUUUGGUGGGUGAAGUAGGGGUACAUAUGGUAUUAUAGGUAGUAACCAGAAAAAAACUUUGGGUAAGCUGGAUAAUUUUGAGCUUCUGUCUAGUUUCGGCAAUUUUGGUCUCUUUAAAACUCUUUUUUAUUUUUUGUUGGGAGAGGGUACUACAAAAAAAUGAAUGUACAUAAAUGGUGAAUAUAAUGAAUUCAGAUACCUUCUUGCAUUGCUACAUUAUUAUCAAGUAUUCUAUGUUUACAAACACUCCUUACUUGCGAUGGAAAGUUGGUCAUACAAUAGUUAUAUAUAAUUACAACCAACUUUUGCCGGCUUAUAUAUGUUCAUCAUAAAUAAGAUGGUAGAUACACU